AUUCAGUACGCGGCGCCCCAAGUUCACACCUAAUCCGUCAUCGCAAAUUCCUGAAUUUCCAAUUAUACCCUCGUCUUCUUCUCCUCGUACCCCUCAUUUCCUUGUCGCCAUCUCCAUUCUCCCUUUAAAGUUUAAACCCAUUCCCUUUCAACAUCACCACUCACACUCAUACUUCACUAUUCUACAUACACCCAACGAGUUAUCGCCGAUUCAACUCACCCAACCAUGUCCCGAUUCAGGCGACUUCACCUCAUUCAGCAACCUUCCCCUUUCUGCUACUCCGAAACCCUAGCUUUCCCUUCCUUCGUCCAAGACUCCUUUUCCCUAUCCCUCGACUUUCCGCUACUUCCGAGUGCCUUCGAGGGGUUCGCGGAUCUGGUGCACGCGCCCGCGCUCUCUUACCGGCGCCUCCAGAGCGACCUGCGCUUGCAGACUCUCGCCGACCGCGUGGCCGAGCUGGAGUCGCGGUUCGAGCGCGUGCUCGGCGGCGACCGGAAGUACACGUGGACGGCGGAGAUCAAGGGAGCGGAGAGGAACGGCUUUGAUCGGAAGUACAAGUGGGUUGCGGAGAUCGUUGAGGAGGAGGAGAAGAAGAAGUUGGCGAAGAACGUGAAAUGGACGGCUGAGAUCACGGGGAAAGGAGAGGAGAGUGGAAGCUCCAGGAAGUAUACGUUUCAGGUGGAGAGUGGUGGUGCUGAGAAGAAGGGGAAGGAAAAGGAGAAGGUGAAAGAGAAGGAGAAGCACAAGAAGAAGGGAAAUGGGUUGCGCAUUGUGGAGAUUCAUGAGCCAAGUGAUCAUAGAGAUGUCGUUUUGAGACAGGCAUUUGCCAAGAGGUUUGGAGCUGUUCAAAAUGAGAGGGGCAAAAAGAAGGACGUGUCUCCUCAAGAUGCUGCAUUGUUGAUCCAGAUCACUUUUAGAGCUUACUUGAUCCGUAGGUCAAAGGCUCUGCGUGCCCUUAGAGAACUGGCCGUUGCAAAAUCUAAAUUAAAAGAAAUCAGAGCCCAAUUCAAUAACUUUGCUUACCGCCGUCAUGUAGCUCGUGAUGCAGAGGAGCGCCAGCGGUUUUCUGAGAAAAUCAUUGUCUUGCUCCUCACUGUUGAUGCCAUUGAGGGAGCUGAUCUGAUGGUAAGAUCUGCGAAGAGGUCAAUGGUGGAUGAGCUGGAAGCAAUGCUUGAUGUGGUAGAUCCCCAGCCUGGUGGAAGAUCUGCAUCAGCAUCACUCUCCUUCAAAAGGAGGACAUUUGAUAUGCCUGAUGGAGUCAUCCGGAAGGAAAUUGAAGAAGGCGUUGCACAGGUUGUGCAAAUGCUUGAAGAAGCAGAGAAUAGCAGCAGCACUUUUGAAGUGUGACUGUGAGAUCAUGGAAGUAAUAUUUAUCUGUUUGUUUCAUGCUUUCCUUCUGCUGUUGUAGUUUGUUUGUAGACGUAUUUUUUAGUCUAAGAUUUCAAGACUUCUAAAUCAGGCUUUUCAUUCAAUCGUAUUUGUUUUCUUGAACUUUUGGGCACAUUCUGAAUGAAAAGUUUGGCUUGCGUAGAGCUGUGUUAUUUAACUAUGACCUAGAGAACCUUGUUCAUUUGUAUCUAUCCUUUUGCCUACAACUCAGGUUAAUCUACGAUGCAUCUUAUUUCCCUAU